AUGACACGAACUCUUGUUCAUUUCCUAUUGAUCCUUUCAUUCCUAGCACUCAUUAACACAGAUAGAUCUUUCUCACAACAACACCCACAACUUCAAGAACAUUCUCUCCUUCAAAUCAAACAAUCCAUGAUUAAACAAUCUCUCCAUCCGUCCAUUAUUUCAUCAUUAAAUUACUUGACAGUCUUUUCCUUCUCACCAAAGAUGUCAUUAUCCUCACCACUAGAUUUGCAUGGUAAACGAAUUGUGAUUAUUCAUCCAUACUCUCCUGCUGAAAAUGUGUAUAAUCAAGACGAAAGUGAAAUACUUGUUAGUGAUUUGGUCUUGACAGAAACAGUUUUCAAAAGUCAAUUAGAAAUGUACAAUAAGAAUGGUAACCAAUCAAAGAUUAUUCCUGAAAGUGUACAGACUUUUAAUUAUUUAUAUAUUGAUUGUAUUUUUGGAAAUCCAAUUGACUUGUAUGAUGUGUUUGUGAUGAGCAGUGAAGAUUUUCUACGUAGUUUCGUACAAAGUCUUCCAAGGAAAAGGGAAUGGAAUGGAUUGUAUGAGUGGAGUGACUUUUCUUUUCUUUCUGAAUUUCAAGUACCUAUUUCAGUUUCAGUUUAUUAUAAUGAAACUAAUUUAAAUUAA